AUGACACAACAACUUUUUGACACCACUCAAUUACCACAAUGUCCAAAUACACCAGAAAUUAAGAUUGUAGAAGAUAGUAAACCAAAGAAAGCAAAGAUUACACCAAGAGAGAAAUUAGUAGGUUUUAUUAAACGACAAAUGAAAGAUGAUCCAAUGAUUCUUAUGGAUGAUAUUAUUGAAGAGAAUGGAAGACUUAGAAAAGAAUUAGAAAAGAUAAGAAUAGCAUUGACACAAGAAACAAAAUAUAAUGAAGAAUUAAGAAAUGGAAUUCUCAAGGAGAGAUUAAAUUUAUUUACCAAUUAUUCUAAUUGA